AGGGGUUUUCAUUUUCAUUUUUUAUUGUGAUUGUAGUUAUUUCGAAAUGUCUGAUGCAAACCAAUCUCAGAGCAAUACCAGCAGCUUGCAGCAGUAUCAGGGGACUUUGGAGCGAGCAGUGUUCUCCACUCUGAACACACUACCGUGUUGUGUAUUUCUCUACAUUAAUGGCUCAAUGAUGUUUACUUUGAGGAGUAAAGAUCUCUUCUGUCAGACUUCUCGGUACGUCCUCCUGUUUAACCUCCUGGUUGCCGACACUUUACAGAUAGCACUGGGCCAGGUGCUAUACAUCAUCGCUGCUUCUAGAAUCUUUCUGACCUAUCCCGUCUGUGGGACUCUCACUUUCGUCGCCAACCUCGGCACAGUGAUCUCUCCUCUCACCCUGGUUCUGAUGGCUCUGGAGAGAUAUGUCGCUGUGUGCUUCCCCCUCAGGCACGCUGCAAUCAUCUCUGUCAGAAACACAGUGCUCGCCAUCCUCAUGGUUUGGGCCUUUAGUUCUUUAAACAUUUUCACUCGAAUUAUUUUGCUGAUUGUUGAUGACCUGCCAACUCUGCAGAUGAAAGACUUUUGCUCUUACGUGGCCAUGUUGGUUGGAUACGCGUCUGACAUUUAUGACAAAGCUUUCGCCUGUUUUCUGUUUGUAUCAUCUGGUGUUGCAGUAAUUUCUGCCUACAUUGGUGUUAUCGUUGCAGCCAAAUCAGCGUCUGCAGACAAAGCUUUGGCCCGUAAGGCUCGAAACACACUACUUCUGCAUCUGGUGCAGCUCGGCCUCAGUCUGUCCUCAACCAUUUAUAUUCCACUGCUUAAUGCUCUUUCAAGAAUUUUAACAAGAAUCGUGUUUGUGCGCCUCCAGAAUGUUUUAUAUGUGUGUAUUUUUAUCUUUCCCAGAUGUCUGAGUUCUCUCAUUUAUGGCAUCAGAGAUCAGAGCAUCAGGCCCGUCUUGGUGUACCAUCUAUGCUGUCACCUGAAACUACCUGUCAGGCAGGUCUAA